AUGGACAUGAGCGGAGAGCCCGAGAAGCCCGCGCUAGAACAGUAUGGCGUAGACUUGACGGAGAAGGCGAGAGCGGGAAAGUUGGACCCGGUGAUCGGACGAGACGCUGAAAUCCAUCGCACGAUCCAGGUGCUAUCGCGACGAACAAAGAACAACCCUGUCCUUAUCGGUGCGGCCGGUACGGGUAAGACGGCCGUGAUGGAUGGUUUGGCCCAACGGAUUGUCCAAGGGGACGUACCGGAGAGCAUCAAGAACAAGCGCGUUAUCUCUCUGGACUUGGGAUCUCUGAUUGCAGGGGCCAAGUUCCGAGGUGAUUUUGAAGAGCGCUUGAAGAAAGUGCUCAAGGAAGUGGAGGACGCCCAAGGUGGCGUGAUCCUCUUCGUUGAUGAGCUGCACACCUUGCUUGGAUUGGGAAAAGCCGAGGGCAGCAUCGAUGCAAGCAACUUGCUCAAGCCUGCGCUGUCCCGAGGAGAACUUCAGUGCUGCGGUGCCACCACCCUCACCGAAUACCGCUUGAUCGAAAAAGAUGCCGCCCUCGCCCGACGUUUCCAGCCUAUCCAGGUGGCCGAGCCGUCAGUCGCCUCGACAAUCUCCAUCUUGCGUGGUAUCAAGAACAAGUACGAAGUGCAUCAUGGUGUCCGGAUUACGGAUGGCGCACUGGUGGCCGCAGCCACCUACAGCAACCGCUACAUCACCGACCGAUUCCUUCCCGACAAAGCCAUUGAUCUCGUCGACGAGGCCGCAUCGGCACUCCGCUUGCAGCAAGAAUCGAAACCUGAUGCCAUUCGGGAACUCGAGCGCGACAUCACCACCAUCCAAAUCGAGCUGGAAUCGCUUCGCAAGGAAACGGAUGUCAGCAGCCGCGAGCGCCGCGAGAAACUCCAAGAAGACUUGAAAGCCAAACAGGACGAGACCGGAAAGUUGAAUGAAAUUUGGGAAAAGGAAAAGGCGGAGAUCGACUCCAUCAAGCAAACCAAAGAGGAGCUGGAACGGGCCCGAUUUGAGCUUGACCAAGCCCAGCGCGAAGGGAACUUUGCCAAAGCUGGAGAGCUGAGAUACUCGAAAAUCCCUGAGCUCGAGGGCAAAUUACCGAAAGACGGCGCCGAGAACGAAUCAGGAAAGCAGACUUUGAUUCACGACAGCGUCACUGCUGAGGACAUUGGCCAAGUCGUGUCGCGAACAACCGGCAUCCCGGUCACCAAGCUCAUGGCUGGAGAGGUUGAGAAAUUGAUCCGGAUGGAAGAUACCCUCCGUAAAUCGGUGCGUGGGCAAGACGAAGCUCUCUCCGCCGUUGCCAAUGCAGUACGGAUGCAACGCGCAGGCCUCAGUGGUGAAAAUCGUCCACUCGCCUCAUUCAUGUUCCUUGGACCAACCGGUGUCGGCAAGACGGAACUUUGCAAGAAGAUGGCCGAGUUCCUCUUCUCCACUGAAACCGCCGUGGUGCGGUUCGACAUGAGCGAGUUCCAAGAGAAACACACCAUCAGCCGUCUGAUUGGCUCUCCAGCCGGGUAUGUCGGGUACGACGACGCGGGCCAACUGACCGAGGCUGUCCGACGGAAGCCAUACGCAGUUCUGCUGUUUGACGAGUUCGAGAAAGCCCACCGUGACAUCUCGGCCUUGCUGCUACAGGUCCUCGACGAGGGUUUCCUCACAGAUUCCCAGGGCCACAAAGUUGAUUUCAGAAACACGCUGAUCGUGCUGACCUCCAACCUUGGUGCCGACAUUCUGGUUGGGGCUGAUCCCCUGCACUCGUAUAAGGAUUACGGCGACUCGGAACUCUCGCCGAACAUCAAGAAGGCCGUCAUGGAUGUUGUGCAGAACUCAUACCCGCCUGAAUUCCUGAACCGCAUCGACGAAUUCAUCAUCUUCAAGCGACUAUCGCGUGAAGCUCUCCGAGAUAUCGUCGACAUCAGAAUCAAGGAGCUGCAGUCGAGACUGGAUGAUCGCCGUAUGAUCUUGCAAGUGGACGACGAGAUCAAAGACUGGCUGUGCGAGAGGGGUUAUGAUCCCAAGUUCGGCGCUCGUCCGCUGAACCGUCUGAUUGCCAAGGAGAUUGGCAAUCGCCUGGCAGACAAGAUCAUUCGUGGCGAAGUCACGUCUGGUCAAACUGUCCGGGUGUCUCUGAAUGACGACAAGUCUGGCCUGGUCGUCUCCUCCGAGGAGUAA